GGGCCCUGUGUGAUGUGAUGUGGGGUUCAGUUGCCAAGGCAACAGGCUCCUAGACCCAGCACUGGGCAGGAGGCGACUGGCUCCUGAAUUUUCCCCUCGGUCCUGGGCCCCUGCCCGUCAUCCAUGGCGCGGCACCUGAACAUGGAUACGCAGCGGCAGAACUUCUGGAAGGAGGAGUACCUCAAGGAGAUGCUGCUCCGCUUUGGCUGGCAGCGCAAGUACGGCGCCGCCGUCCGGGCCAAGCAGAGGGCCCGGGUCCAGGCCCGCGAGGGCCUCAAGCUGCCCACCAUUGCCCCCAAAGGCCUUCCCAAGGUCCCUUCCCCACCCAAGGCCCCCACCCCACUCCCGCCCAAGGCCCCCGUCCCCAAGCCCACUGGCCCCGUCUGUCCCUCCCCCCCCGACGGGGAGAUGUACCCCGUCCCCCCCGCCAUCCGCACCCUGCUCUACCACGGCGUCUCCCACGACCAGCAGGGCCGAGUCUGCUACCUGGCCGCCCGUGCGGCCACCAGGCCGGAGGAGCGCUACCUCUACCCCCUCACCACCAGCUUUGUGUACGGCUGGCAGCUGGGCCCCACUGUGAAGGGGGCCCUCCCUUCCAACAAGCUGUGCCGCAUCGAGACCUUCUUCCGCAAGAAUGGAGCUUUCUCCGUGCUGGACCCCCGGGACUUGGCCCUCUGAACCCACCCUGGCUGGGAGGAGCCAGGUGGGCCGCAGGUGGGCUGGGGAGAUUACAAGCCCCGGGAGGGGCGCCGCAG